CCGAUAGCGCGCCGCCGUGUCCGAAUCGCGGAUCGGAUUUGGGCUUCCGUUGCCGGCGGCGCUAGGGUUUUGGAGAGGAGGCGAGGCGAUCGGAGGCGGGGGAUCGGAGAGCGAUGGCGCUGACCAACUUCAUCCUGACGGUGGUGGGCGUGGGCACGGCGGUGCUGCUGCUGCGGAGCGACGUGAAGCAGUCGGCGUCCAUCUUCCGCCGCAACGUCCGCCACAUCCGCAAGUGGCUCGAGGAGGAGUCCGCCGCCGCCGCCAAACCUGCUGAGCGGGCUGCACCUAAGGAGCUGGAGUCCCAGGCUGCAAAGAAAGAUGUUACCCCCAAAGAUGAUAAGCAUUAGAUGAUAGUAUUUCACUUUAUGUUCUUGCAUAAUGUAGUGUUGAUGUGGGAGCUAGAAUUCCGAGGUAGCACUUGUGAAAAAUUUUUAGUAGGAUAUUCAAUCUUGAUGAGAAUUUUACUCAAUAAACUAGGACAAAUGGGUAGCUAAAUGCAUGUGAUUUGUACUUGUUUAUUAAGGCUUUGGACAUGAAAUAUAUCACAUAUGGAGGGGCUACUGACUACUGAGUACAGUUUGAACAACUGAGAGCAUUUCAUA